CCUGGACGAAACUAAAUAGCACUUCCGGCAAAAUUUACAUUUCAUUUUUGAUGAAAUUUCUGGUAAAUUCUAAAUUCUACGUCAAUCAAGCAUUGAUAUUCAAUGUUUUGUCCAUUAUAAGGAACAUGAGUUCUUACUCCAUUAAACCAUAUCAAGGCACUGUUAGUGGACAACGACAUGUUGAAAUAAGCAAGUGGUUCGGUGAGCUUGAAUCAACAUUUUACAAGCAUCACAAGUCACCACAUCCUGAUGUGUUCAGGGUGUCAAACAAUGAAGCGGAAGGUUGUACUAAUGUAGGACGCACUGGAUGGCAUAUAGAUGGCAGUUUUCAAGAAGCUCCCUUUGCAUAUUCUCUUUAUCAUAUGGUAUCCAUACCAAAGUCUGGUGACACAGUGUUCAUUCCCCUUAAUGAGCUUUUGAAAAAUCUGUCCAAAGAACAGUUUGCAAGAUGGGACAGACUGUGGAUGGUCAGCGACAGGAGAGGGCAAUUGUAUCACCCCCUGGUAUAUUCACACCCAUCAACUGGAGAACUGACAAUGUGUGUCCAUUUGGGAAUGACUGAUGCGUUUAUUUGGGAUUAUGGUACAGAAAAACAAAAGAUUACAAACUUUCAAGAGACCUUAGAGAUUCUGAAGGAAAUAAAGAAGGAAUUUGCAACAAACCAGAAACACUUACAGUAUUCACACAAGUGGGAGCCUGGAGACUUUAUUAUAUCCGACAACUUAGCUUUGGGACAUGAGGCUAGUGAACAGACUCAGUUUCCAGUAAGUGAAGUAGGACUCAGAGUCCUGCAUAGGACAACCGUGAAGGGGACAGUUAUUCCUGCUAAAAGCAAUGUUUGUCAUAGCAAGGGAGACAUGUGUUAGAACCUUGGUAUAUCACAUACCUUAGCUUGCUUUAAAUUGAUACAUAAAGGCCUACUGGAAUGACAGAAACUUCUAUAGUCCUCGUAAAAUGUACUGAUAGUAUUGGUGUGGAAUUGGUUUACAUUUAACACUAUAGGAAAGUGAACCUAUUUUACUUAAAGACAAAGCUUUAUUUCCUACUUUUCUCAUAUCUCAAUAUAUUCGUCUUUAUACAAGUAGUGCCAAAUAUUGAUGUGCUUGUCUGUGAUAGGACUGUGAAUUGAGCGACAUUGAUUGGACUUAUAAAAGUCCUCGUAAAACGUACUGGUUUAUAUUUGUGGAUGAGAAUUGGGUUACAUGCAAAACUGUAGGACCUUGAGGAAAGUGGCCCUAUUUUAUAUUAAAGUUAUACUUGAUGACAAUACUAGAUUUAUUACUGUUCUUGUAUGUAUG